AUGGUGGAGCUGAAGAAGAGGUUCGCUCUGUUUCUGGCGACAUGCGACUCCGAGUUCGUGAAGAAGACUUAUGGAGGCUACUUCAAUGUCUUCGUCUCGACUUUCGGCGAUGAAGGCGAGCAAUGGGAUCUCUUCCGAGUGGUCGACGGCGAAUUUCCCGACGAGAAGGAUCUGGAGAAGUACGACGGCUUCGUUAUCAGCGGUAGCCCACAUGAUGCUUUCGCAGACGCCGAUUGGAUCGUCAAGCUUUGCUCGGUUUGUCAGAAACUCGAUGAGAUGAAGAAGAAGGUUCUCGGCAUCUGUUUCGGCCACCAGAUAAUUGCUAGAGUCAAGGGAGGGAAAAUAGGAAGGGCUCGUCAAGGCCUAGACAUGGGAUUGAGAAGCAUAACCAUAGCAAAGGACAAUGAGAGACUCGGCGCUUACUUUGGAGAUGAGUUCCCGACAUCUUUAGCCAUUAUCAAAUGCCAUCAAGACGAAGUGUUGGAACUCCCCGAGUCUGCCACGGUUCUUGCCUCUUCCGAGGUUUGCGAGGUCGAGAUGUUUUGUAUCGGAGACCAGUUUCUCUGCAUCCAAGGGCAUCCCGAGUAUAACAAGGAGAUUCUGUUUGAGAUCGUGGACCGUGUCGUCAACAUGAAGCUUAUGGAGCAAGAGAUUGCGGAUAAGGCCAAGAGUACGAUGGAGACUGCGCAACCAGACAGGAAGCUAUGGCAGAAGCUCUGCAAAAACUUUCUGAAAGGCUAA